GAGGGAAGUUUCUCCUCCGGGCUGUGAGCAGGAAGUGUCCCGUCCGAGGCCAGACCUUCUCUCCCCAGAGACAGAGAAGACUUCUCGCUGCGGCUUCCGGAAGCGUAAGGAGACUGUGGUGCACCAGCGAGCAUUGAUGGGAGAAAAGCCCUACAUCUGCAUCGAGUGUGGGCAGAGCUUCAACCGCAGCUCCGACCUGAUCCGCCACCAGAGGAUCCACACCGGGGAGAAGCCCUACAUGUGUGCUGACUGCGGCAAGAGCUUCAGCCGCCGCUCCCACCUCAUCCAGCACCAGCGCAUCCACACGGGUGAGCGGCCAUACCAAUGCAAAGACUGUGGGAAGAGCUUCAGCCAGAGCACCCACCUGGUGCAGCACCAGCGCAACCACACUGGUGAGAAGCCUUAUGUCUGUGCCAAGUGUGGGAGGAACUUCUACCAGAACUCAGGCCUGCUCCGCCACGCCAACUUUCACACGGGUGAGAAACCCUACAAGUGCCCCCAGUGUGGGAAGCGCUUCAGUGACAGCUCGAACCUCAUUGCCCACCAGCGGCUCCACACGGCUGAGAAGCCCUACAAGUGUGUUGACUGCAACAAGUGCUUCAGUGAGAGCUCUAAGCUGGUCAUUCACCGGCGUGUCCAUACAGGUGAGAGGCCAUACUUGUGCCCUGACUGUGGAAAGAGUUUCAGCCAGCGCUCGCACCUUGUCCAGCACCAUCGCACCCACACUGGGGAGAAGCCCUACAAGUGUGCUGAGUGCGGGACCUGCUUCACUGACAACUCUACCCUCAUCCGUCACUGUCGUACCCACACUGGGGAGAAACCUUUCAAGUGUUCCCACUGUGGGAAGAGCUUCAGUCGCAACUCCUACUUAGUGUCACACCAGCGGGUGCACGUGUGGUAG